AUCGUCAUUCGCCGUCUACGCCUGCCACUCCGAGACCGCGGUUUGAGGAAGACGCCUGACAAGGUAGCCACAUAUUCUUACCAAGGCAUGGGAGUAUGAUUGAUGAAUGUUGGAUCAUUUGAUGGCAUGGCAGAGCGAUGGAUCCAUCGUGGAAUGUUCUAAGGCUUGGGUUGCACUGGCGUCUUGGGGAGGGAGUCUCAAGUGGGCAUACCGCCGCUGUUUGUUCUGUUUAUGCAUAGUUGAGGUGUCUAGGAGUUGGCCAUUUUGCUCUACUGAUGAUGAGUCAGCGGGUUGGCACACUAGACGGCCUGUAUGUUGUCUUCUAGUAAUGAACGAAAUAUCAUGAAUCCCUUGAUGUGGGGUACUCGACUGUAAGUACACAACAACGACCAGAACGCCCAACA